AACCGUAGUUAGCCUGAGAAAAAGGGCGGCCGAUUAGGGCUUGCUGGGAGAAAACGAAGAAGAGAACCUGGGUUGUCGUUCUUGAUUCGCAUCGAUUUCACCAUCUGAUGAAUUGGGUGUUGCUUUGGUGAUUUGUUCGGAGAUGGAGACCCAGUGGAUGGCCGAAUUCCCGCACGCGGCCACGGACAAGCGCCCGCGGAAGAGGCCCAGGUUCACUUGGGAUGUGCCCCCUCCGAUCCCCCCCGCAAUGGUUCCUGUGACGCUGUACUGCGGAAAGGAAGCUGCCCAUGUAGCUGGUGCCAACCAGUUAUUGCAAUCAUUCUACCAUGGUGGAGUCCCUCGAUAUGCGUCUCCUCCCUGGAGGGGCGACAACAAAGACGGCCAUUAUAUUUUUAGCAUCGGCGAGAAUCUAACACCGAGAUAUAGGAUACUGAGCAAAAUGGGUGAAGGAACAUUUGGGCAAGUCUUGGAAUGUUGGGACUUGGAAAAUCAAGAACCAGUUGCUAUCAAAAUUGUGCGUUCUCUUCAGAAAUAUCGUGAUGCUGCAAUGAUCGAAAUUGACGUACUUCAAAGGCUUGCAAAAGCUGACAGAAGUGGCACUCGUUGUGUGCAAAUACGGAAUUGGUUUGACUAUCGUAAUCAUAUAUGUAUAGUCUUUGAGAAGCUUGGACCAAGUUUGUAUGACUUCCUUCGGAAAAACAGCUACCGCUCUUUCCCCAUUGACUUAGUCCGGGAACUUGGGAGACAGCUUUUGGAGUCUGUAGCAUUUAUGCAUGAGUUGCAGCUAAUUCACACUGACUUGAAGCCAGAGAACAUUCUUCUUGUCUCAUCUGAAUACGUUAAGGUUCCCGAUUACAAGGUUCUGUCAUGGUCAACCAAAAGUGGUUUAUUUUUCAAGAAUCUCCCAAAAACUAGUGCAAUCAAGCUUAUAGACUUUGGAAGUACAACAUUUGAACAUCAGGACCACAGUUACGUGGUCUCAACUAGGCAUUACCGUGCACCUGAGGUUAUUCUUGGGCUUGGGUGGAAUUAUCCCUGUGAUAUGUGGAGCGUGGGUUGCAUUCUUGUUGAACUUUGCUCGGGGGAGGCACUUUUUCAAACCCAUGAAAACUUGGAGCAUUUGGCUAUGAUGGAGAGGGUGUUAGGACCACUUCCUCAGCAUAUGGUCAUCAGAGCUGACCGGCAUGCAGAGAAAUAUUUCAGGCAAGGUAGAGGAGUGCGAUUAGACUGGCCUGAAGGGGCAACCUCAAGGGAAAGUAUUAGAGCAGUUUGGAAAUUGGCUCGUCUUCAGAACUUGGUAAUGCAGCAUGUUGAUCAUUCUGCUGGGGAUUUAAUUGAUCUCCUGCAAGGGCUUCUCCGCUAUGAUCCGACGGAGCGUCUAAAAGCGCAAGAAGCCCUUAGACACCCCUUCUUUACCAGAGGGUGGAGAAGAUGUGGUUAUUCUUUGAACUAAGGGCUUCACCCUUCUUUCUUAAAUCAAGUAUGUAAGUGAAUUGUUAGAAAGACACGUGUCUUAGCUGAACCUGCUGACUUCAUGGACAGGAAGUUGCUGCUGUACAGGGAACACAGUUGUGUAACGAUGAACUUGUCAGGCUUGAAUAAUGCAAUUUAUUUUCUCCAUGUUUGCACCA